UGGACCAAGCACUUUACACAACACAGAUAAACCACCCCUGGCGUCAUCCUCCUGCCAGGAUACCAAGGACUCCAACAUAACGCCCAUAUAGUGUUUGUUUAAAUAAUUGAUGUGGCAUCCCAAAUUGUAUGGGUAAGUAUUGCCUUAGGCCUCUCACUAGGCGCCAUUUCUCUACAAACCCUUCCUCUGGCUCUGAACUGACAGCCGAGUUCACCAACCUCUGCUCCAAAGGCCACCUCAAACAAGCUUUUGACAGAUUCAGCUCUCAUAUAUGGUCGGAGCCAUCUCUCUUCUCACACCUCCUCCAAUCAUGCAUUUCAGAAAAUUCACUAUCGCUAGGAAAACAGCUCCAUUCCUUGAUAAUCACGUCUGGGUGUUCCUCAGACAAGUUCAUUUCCAAUCACCUCCUCAACCUCUACUCCAAAUGCGGACAAUUAGACACUGCAAUCACAUUGUUUGGCGUUAUGCCCAGGAAGAAUAUCAUGUCUUGUAACAUUUUGAUUAAUGGCUAUUUUAGGAGCGGUGAUUGGGUGACUGCCCGGAAGAUGUUUGAUGAAAUGCCUGAAAGAAAUGUUGCUACGUGGAAUGCCAUGGUUGCAGGUUUGAUACAGUUCGAGUUCAAUGAGGAGGGUUUGGGUUUGUUUUCGAGGAUGAAUGAGUUGGGUUUUUUACCCGAUGAGUUUGCGUUGGGGAGUGUUCUUCGGGGUUGUGCGGGGUUGAGAGCACUGGUUGCGGGCCGGCAGGUUCAUGGUUAUGUGAGGAAAUGUGGGUUUGAGUUUAAUUUGGUUGUUGUGAGUUCCUUGGCUCAUAUGUAUAUGAAAUGCGGAAGUUUGGGGGAGGGAGAAAGACUAAUUAGAGCAAUGCCAAGUCAAAAUGUGGUUGCUUGGAACACGCUUAUUGCGGGAAGAGCUCAAAAUGGAUAUCCUGAGGAAGUUUUGGAUCAGUAUAAUAUGAUGAAAAUGGCAGGCUUUAGACCGGAUAAGAUAACAUUUGUGAGUGUAAUCAGUUCAUGUUCAGAAUUGGCCACUCUUGGACAAGGCCAGCAGAUCCAUGCUGAAGUAAUUAAAGCUGGGGCGAGUUUGAUAGUCUCAGUGAUUAGUUCGUUAAUUAGCAUGUAUUCGAGAUGUGGGUGUUUGGAAUAUUCAUUGAAGGUUUUCUUGGAAUGUGAAAAUGGAGAUGUUGUUUGUUGGAGCUCGAUGAUUGCUGCUUAUGGGUUUCAUGGGCGAGGAGUGGAGGCCAUUGACUUGUUUAAUCAGAUGGAGCAAGAAAAAUUAGAGGCAAAUGAUGUUACAUUCUUGAGCUUGCUUUAUGCUUGUAGUCACUGUGGAUUGAAAGAGAAAGGGAUCAAGUUCUUUGAUUUGAUGGUUGAAAAGUAUGGAGUGAAACCUAGACUAGAACACUAUACAUGUAUGGUUGAUCUACUAGGACGGUAUGGAAGUGUGGAGGAAGCAGAGGCUUUGAUAAGAUCUAUGCCGGUUAAAGCAGAUGUUAUUACAUGGAAAACUUUGUUAUCUGCAUGUAAAAUCCACAAGAAGACAGAGAUGGCAAGAAGGAUUUCUGAAGAAGUUUUUAGGCUUGAUCCCCGGGAUCCAGUUCCUUAUGUGCUACUUUCAAACAUCCAUGCUUCUGAUAAAAGGUGGGAUGAUGUUUCAGAUGUGAGAAAAGCCAUGAGAGAUAGGAAGUUGAAGAAGGAACCAGGUAUAAGCUGGUUGGAGGUGAAGAACCAGAUACAUCAAUUCUGCAUGGGGGAUAAAUCUCAUCCAAAAUCAGUGGAGAUUGCUUCUUAUUUAAGAGAAUUGACUUCAGAGAUGAAAAAGCGUGGAUAUGUGCCUGAUAUUGAUUCUGUUUUGCAUGACAUGGAUGUUGAGGACAAGGAAUACAGCUUGGUGCACCAUAGUGAAAAGUUGGCAAUUGCUUUUGCUCUUCUCUACACUCCUGUUGGUACUCCAAUAAGGGUGAUUAAGAACUUGCGUGUCUGCAGUGAUUGUCAUGUUGCUAUUAAGUACAUAUCAGAGAUAUCAAACAGAGAGAUCAUUGUGCGAGAUUCUAGUAGGUUUCAUCAUUUCAAAAAUGGGAGAUGUUCUUGUGGUGAUUAUUGGUAAUUGUAGAUUACAAUGCCCUCGAAAUUGAUGGGAUUAAUUUUAUCUAUUUGAUUUAAAAUAACAUGAUUUUCUUCUGAUUUUUCCCUGUCACAGAAACCAUUCAGAAAAGGAACAAGAUGAAUCUUUUUAUUUGUUUCUCUGUAAGAACUUCUUGUAGUACUUGUGUGAUGUUGGUGCUGUUUUUUCUUUACGGUUCUGAAUUAAUUCAUACCUGUGCUUUGAAUGCAACAGGGUACUUAUUAUUUC